AAUACAAGGUACAGUCAUACACAAAUGCACAAGUUAGAGAACUUCAUUAGAGAAAGCUUAAUUUUUUUUAUAAUUGCCUUGAAAUCCAAGAGUCACUGUCAAGGUCACGCGUUGCGGUAGAGGAAGAUGGCGGAUGAGCUUCACGUGGACAUUUCUAAGCUGGCCAAGGAUUACUUCGACAGCUUGCUGGACGCCGAGCAGAAGAGACUGGCCGACCGGAAACAUCCGGUUUUAAAUUGGAGUAACAUGAUUGUGACGUUUGGGCCCACCAGGUACACCAAGAAGAAGAUGGAGCCCAAUGAAGAUGUUAACAUCCUGUUCUCGGCCAACUUUGAGAACACCUCGAUGAAGGCCAAGAAGUUCAUGCUCAAGACGGAGCGAGAGUCUCUCUCCAUCAACGAGAUCGCAAUGACCAAGACCUACACGUACUCGGGCGACAUUGAGCUCAACAUUGAGGUCCCUGAAGAGUUGGCCAAGGUCAACGCUACCUUUAACUCGGAGCUAAAAACAGAAAAAGGCAAGAGGAUCAUGUACGAGGAGAGGUUGAUGUGGGGCGUGGACACCAACAUCGUGGUCCAGCCCGGCUUCACUGUCCGAGCUGAGCUGGCCGUCAAGGAGGCCAGCUUUAAUGGGGAGUUUGAGAUGAACGUCACGUUUGAUGGGGAGAUUUUUAUCUCGUAUGUCCACAAGAAGGACAAGGAGGUUCUCGAGACAUUCCACGAAUGUGUCACCAAGAUCUUCACACCCUGCAGCGGAUUUACCAUCGACAGCAACGGAAAGCCCAUGCUCACGGUCAAAGGUCACUGCAAGAGCAGGUUCGGCAUUGAGCAGAUCAUCAACCUCACAGAGUUCAUGACCCCGCUGUUCCAGGCCUUUGAUGACUGACACAUGACCUUAUUAUCUGACCUUAAUUGACUGACACAUGACCUUGUUACCUGACCUUAAUUGACUGACGCAUGACCUUAUUAUGUGACCUUAAUUGACUGACACAUGACCUUGUUACCUGACCUUAAUUGACUGACACAUGACCUGAUUAUCUGACCUUAAUUGACUGACUCAUGACCUUAUGAUCUGACCUUAAUUGACUGACACAUGACCUGAUUAUCUGACCUUAAUUGACUGACACAUGACCUUAUGAUCUGACCUUAAUUGACUGACACAUGACCUUAUGAUCUGACCUUAAUUGACUGUGACACAUGACCUUAUGAUCUAACCUUUAUUGACUGACACAUGACCUUAUUGUUCCAUGUUUUUAUGCCUAUUGUUCACAUUAAUCUACUAAUCUGGAGUCUUUUGAUUGGAUAUUUGUUGUUGAACACAUCCUUAACACCAUUUUUUUGUUCGAAUUUGUUUUUUCAAUAUUUCUGUGAAAUGUUCAAUGUUCUCUGUGUGCCCGAUGAUUAUGAUAGCAAUGAGCGCAAGUGGCUAAAUGUCUUGUAGUCUAGGCUUGGGCAUGUUCAAAUAAUAAAAUAUUUCUUUGGAAAAAGAUUAAAUAACUGUAAUAAAAAAUGAUGUGUU